UUCUUCCUAAUGCAGUCUCACUCUUGAUGCUGCCUGGAGUGGAGAAGACAGAAUAGCAGUGGGAUCUUUAGGAGAGAGAGAUAUAUAGAUAGAGGGGCAGUAGGCUUAGCAGAGCUGAGAGCACUUGACCCAGUUGUAGAUGGAGUAGAGACGGAGGCCUGCUGCAUUAAGACAGGCAGACGGAUAGACGGCAGGACGGAGACCCGGGUGGCGGCUGCGAUUGGCGGCUCGACGGCAGGCUGGUGGAAGAUGUCGUCGGGCGCCGGUGGGCGGGCAUGUGAGGCAGAAGAGGGCCCUGUGGGCAUUCCUUUUCCUGAACACAGCGCUGACCUGCUAGAAGGCUUGAACCGGCAGCGGCUCAGCGGCCUGCUGUGUGAUGUGCUGCUGGUGGUACAGGAGCGUGAGUUCCCUGCUCACCGCUCGGUUCUAGCUUCCUGCAGCUCCUACUUCCACAAACUCUUUACCUCAGGCCUGGCUGCCGAGCGCCAGAGUGUUUACGCACUGGACUUUGUGCGUGCUGAGGCGCUUGCAGCACUGCUGGACUUCGCCUACACAGCCACACUCACCGUAAGCCGAAGCAGUGUAGGUGACAUCCUGAGUGCUGCCCGUCUGCUUGAGAUCUCACCUGUCCAAGAUGUCUGCACACACCUGCUUGACACCAAAGUGCUCUCCCUACCGUCGGGCAGCGAGCGAAAAGAUGAUGAGCUGGAAGAGGAUGGAGAGUGUGGACAGAGCAGCCGAGAGCAGGGCAACCGGCUACGCGCUCGCGAGUACCUGGAAUUCUUCCAGCGAGGGGCACACUGGAGCAGCAGCUGCAGUACGCCAGAGCUCAGGGACUUGCCCGCACACCUGCACUUUAGCCAUCGCAACGGCGCUGACAGCAAUGGCACGCCGUCUAACUACUUCCCUCCCCCAGGCCCAGGGCUGGCGAUUCACCCUCCACCGGACCCAGAGGAUGACCAUGAUGAGCAGCAGGACACCAAGGACAUGCUGAUCUGGACUCGAGGGAAUGGCACUGAAGCGCUUUCACGCUUCUAUGCCCCAUCAUCACAGAAUGGACACUUCUACCUCCAUCAAACCGAACCCAAGGCAGAGCGGGAAGCAGAGGCAGACCGCGAGGUGGAAAGAGGGCCUGCCAGCGCUCUCCUGCAGCAGAUGAUGGACUCUAUAGAACGGCAGAAAGAGCGGCCAGCGGGGGCUGAAAACGAGGGUGCUGAUGGAGAUGAGCAUGACGUGGAGUUUUACUUGAAGUACUUUAACAGCAUGCAGCGUGAGGAGACAGCGGUUCCACUGUGGGCUUCAGUGCGUGGUGGAGAAGGUAGAGGCACUGGAGGUCAACCCAGCACAGGGAACGCUGGUGGUGAGAGAAAAAUGCGCUCCAAGGCCUUUCAGAAGUGCCCUAUUUGCUCCAAGGUCAUCCAGGGUGCUGGCAAGCUACCCCGCCAUAUCCGCACGCACACUGGAGAGAAGCCCUAUGAGUGUGCCAUCUGCAAAGUGCGCUUCACCAGACAGGACAAGCUCAAGGUUCACAUGCGGAAGCACACAGGAGAGAAGCCUUACCUGUGCACACAGUGUGGUGCCGCCUUUGCUCACAACUAUGACCUGAAGAAUCACAUGCGUGUACACACAGGCUUACGACCCUAUCAGUGCUCCAGCUGCUUUAAGACUUUUGUGCGCUCAGAUCAUCUCCAUCGCCACUUGAAGAAGGAUGGCUGCAAUGGCAUCCCGUCUCGCCGUGGGCGUAAGCCUCGCGUACGAGAACCAGAUGUGCUUGAAGCUCCUUUGGAGCCGACCGGUGCAGGGCCGAGAUCAGCCAGGGGCCAACUGCAUCCAGAGGAAGAGGAUGAGGAGGAUGAAGAUGGCAUCGGUGUGGUGGUUAUGGAGGACGCUCCAGAGAGCCGCACACACAGCCCACUGGCUGACAAAGAGGCUAGAGGAGACGCAACUGCAAGGCAAAGAGACGCCACAAUGCCAUAAAAUACACACUGCUGGUGCUGGUGUUGCACAGAAAUCAGAGAAAAAAGAAAAUCAGUUGAGAGAAAAAAAAGCUACAACUCCAUGCUUCUCUUUAAAAACCAAAUCAGGGUGUCCCAAAAAUGUAAUCUCUUAAUUUACAAAUUUCUAUUUUUUUCCCCUUUAACAUUCAGCAUAGAGACCUAUUGAAAGAGUGAAGAGCACUUGACAUCACUCACCUGUGCUGUCUCUGUCUUUCUGGGUGUUUAUUUUUUAUUUUGUGUUUUUAAUUUAACUUUGGCUAAUCGCUUGUCCAUAUGCAUACGAGACAAUGGAGCUACUAUGCAGUUAAAACAGGUUCCUCAUCUCUGGGUUGUGUCCACAGGGCUUUGUCUUAAACAAGUGAGGUGUCAAACACCUGGCUGACCAUGGCUGCUAAUGCAACAGGUAAACAAAGAGUGAUCCAAGAUGUGGGAGAAGCAACAAAUGAAUCUUUUUUUCUAAUGCAGUGAAAAAUAUGUACAUAUAAUGUAUAGAAAAGGUUCUAUUGUCUCAGAUCAAUAUGGCAAUAUUAUGCAAUUCUGAUGCAGCACCUUCUUUAUAAAUGUUCCAGAAAGAAUCAGACAGGGGUUUGAUUUUAAGUGUUACUUUCUCUCUAAAAAAAAAAACAAAGUUAUAUCUUUUUAAAAGGUUAACAUUUUGAGUCAAAUCAUAUUAGGCCAUGGGAGGAAGAGAUGGGAUGAGGUUCGGUGUUUCUGAAGCACUACCGUCAUCAGUCUGCCACUGAGCAAAACCAUGUUGAAUCUUUUACCUCUCACAAGCCUGUUUUUCCUUCUUUUAGAAUUCUUGGGUUUCUUUUUUUUCUUGUCUUAUUUUUUAUCAUUGUUGAUGUUUUCAUUUGAAUUGGCUGUUUUUUGGGGUACUUGACACUUUACAUUGUAUACAUGUGUGUAUAUAUUAGGUGAUAAUGAUAUUGGUCCCUAAAAGUUUAUUACAGAUUGUUAGGGUUAUAUCUUCCUUCAGCUUCACUCCAGGUUAGAUCCUAUGUGAAGCUUACAAAGGGUGAAAGGCUGUUUGAAUGUACGAGAACAUUUGAGGAACCCAUUUUGACUUAAACUCAGCACUUGACGGAACCAGAAAGUUCCAUCCCAAAGCAUGAACCGUGAUCUGUGUGUGUGUAUGUAAGUGCGUGAGAGAGAAAGAUAGAGAGAGGGAGAGAGGGAGCAACGUUGAGUGAAUCUGCCAAGGUUUGCCAGCUCAGUGAUAGAGAGGGCGCUGUUUUACAGCCAGCUGGUGCACAAAGGCUGAGAAUGUUUUCUCUUUUCAUGCAUGGGAAAAAAGGAAAGAGAGAUGAGCACCUUUUAUGCAUUUGCACAGCUUUACUAAAGAUUUAAUCCCAAUGGAGAAAGAACGAGAGAGAUUUCCAUUUAAGAGAGAGAAGGGAAGCUAGAAGUACUUGUUCCAACAUUCUGCCCAAGGGACCACAAAUCCAUGAGAUGAGUUGAGCAAUAAAUACUUGUUUGGGUUAGGAGGCCAAAUUGGGAAGGAAAGGGGGUCGACGUUUCGUUAAUUUUGUGAGUGUUGAAUUCUAGAAGGGUGCAACACUUUGGACACGUCCUAAGCCACGUGACUCAAUCCCCGGGGCUGGGAGCGUCAGCAUGUCAGGUUUGUGGGCACGUCCAAACAUGCUUCACUCUAAAAUCUGGCAUUGUGACUGCAGUUAUGGUUGCCUCAAUUUUUAUUAGCGAGAGGGGUUAUCAUAGCUAAAUUUUAUUAUUCCAAAAGUGCUUGAUGGACUUUACAGACCUCACAUAGAGUUGCCUCAUUUGGAGGAAAAUCUCGGUGUAAUUGCUGGUGGCAUUGAGUAGAGAAGAAAGAUUUUAAUACAGUUUGCGAGGCAGAUAUCAUCACCCACUUUGCCAUUUCUGCAGCUGCAGCGCUGUGCCCAACGUUUCAGUCCUUUGCACCUUAAUGGGAGCAGCAGGUUUUGAUUGCACUUUGUUACUGAGAAGGGCACUUUUUUGUCAAAAUAAACGGGUACUUUGAAACAAGAGAGAAUGUGCUAAAAAAAAAAAAAAACAACCAUCAAUGUCACGAUGCUUAGCUUGGUUCUUUGUUGUGGUUUUAGUUUUUGAUGACUGGCUGCCAAAAUACAGUACAGUCUGUACAGUCAAAUGUUGCAGGGUUAUCAUGUUGAGUUUCCGAAAUGGUGUGUGACCUUGGUUAGAAAACAAGCAGACUUUUAAAAAGACACCCUAAAAAGAAGAUAUUGCCCUUAUAUCUGAUUGCACUUGAAGUUUUCAUUUGUUGUACAAAUUUGUUUCUUUAUAUAUGUCUUAAUGCAGAAUGGGGUCAUUGAGGGGGUGGCUACAUGCUUGUGUGUAUGAGUGUGCGAGUGUGUGUGAAAGGGAGAGAAUGUGUGUUUGGGUGCCUGCAUUUCUGCACGGGUCUUCCAGUAAUUCUUAAUACAUAUAUUCCAUUUUUGUCAGUUGACCAGUUUGUUAAUCUGGUUUAUGUCAUUAUGUGCAGAGAACAGUCUGCCUGUUAUGGUCUAACUCCAAUUUUCACUCAAGGACAACCUCUGUAGGGUUUGUAAUAAAAGGGAUGUUUGGUUAGGGUUGCUAUUGCAAGGCCACACCCUAAGCAGUGCUCACUCCAAAGUGAGCUUAGUUUGUCCUGACCCACAUUAUGUGACCAGCCUGUCCAAAAAUUCCAAGGUUUUUUUAAUGCACUUUGGGUUGAUUACGGGGAGCAUGGCUUCUGGCUGUCCAUGAACCUAACCCUACACUAAAACAUUCUGUGACUCUGGUCAAUCAAUAGGUCGAGUGAAGUUGCGUGUGAAGAAAAUUAUCCACACCCCAAAACCAUGCCCCCUUAGUACUUAAACAAGUUGAGUAGAAAUCAUUUAGGAAAGAAAAUUUACUUGAGUUCUUUCUUUAAUUAUAACUGUUCUUUUUGUGAUUUGUUGCUGCCUGUCUACUAGAAGAAAUUAGCCUUUUCUUUUUACCCUGCAAGGGUUUUUGCUACACUUACCUUUAAGUUAAUGGCUCUUUUUUUGAGUUGAUGUGUGUGUAGGGCAGGGAGGGGGUUUGAACGUAUAUCGUGGAGAUAGAUGAUUGUUUUUGGUGGCUCAGCUGGGGGUGAUAUGUAGCCUGAUAGCACUGAAUAUGGUGCUUUAGCUGAAACAGCAAGACUUUUUGCACUAAAAGUCCUUAAGAAGGACUGGUUAACUGGUCAAGGCCUUUGAGUUUCCAUGAACGCAGAGUUUAAGCCUAGUUCAAGCCUGCUUGACCUCCCUUUUUUACCUUCCUUAUUAUUAAUGUUAUUGUUAUUUUUAAUCAUUAUAAAUCCAAAGUGGGUAAACGCCUGGAUUACUUGAAAUUUUUAACUCAUAUCUGAAUAAGCUUGCUGUCUCUUUCUUACUUAAUCGAAUGAUUGCAUUAGAUAAAAUUCCCAAAUAACGGCAAUGUUAUUGAGCAAUAUGAGUUGUUUAAAAAGUAAUGUGGUUAAAAAAAAAUCCAAAGCACAUUUUACAUGUCAGCAAAACCACAACACAAGACACAUGAUGGUAGAGCACUUAUGUAAUUGUCUGCCUUUAAACACAAACUGUUAACUGGAUAAAACUCUAAAUACCUGAUUCACAUCUGUCUCACUAAGCAGUGACACGUCUGUAGGUUCAUAGCAGCUCACUGGCCUUGUCUGGGGCGUAAACAUUCAAUAAAAUGGUCCACAAGGAGUCUGGGGGAUGCUGUGUGUAAACAUGACUAAGCGGAGGGGGAGCUGUGCCUUAACAUAGGGAGAUAUCAAGACCAUUCUUGUUCAUUUCUGUAAACAGCCACACCAGAACAUGUGAAGCUGUUCAUAUGAGGCAACACUAGGAUAGCGCUUAUAAAAAGUAGGGUUGGGCGAUAUGACCAUAUAACAUAAAUAUUGGAAAAAAUUACAUCAGAUACAAAUAGGCACUUUUAUGAGAUACCCCAGGCAUUGUCAGUACUUAUACCACUGACUGAUUCUAUUGUUACACACAGUACCAUCUAGCUGAUCGGUUGAUUUCUUCUGGUUUAUUUUUAUUCAUUAAAUCAUUAUGUGUCAAGAUAUAAAAUAAAUCAAAUUAUUUUAAGCCAUGUUUUAUGUAGGCUUUCAUGUAAAUGUGGCAUACCUGUUUUGCUGGCAAGGCCUAAAUACCACAAUAUAUGUAUAAAAAUAUUCUAAAUUAUUGUGACAUGUUUUUGUCAUUUCGCCCAGUCUUAGUAAAAAGCUCUGGUCUUUACUUAUUUUCAUAUGAGGUUAAUUCUCAGCUCCCUUUUAUGACUCCUUAGAUAGAUUUUUACACUAAGUUGGUGUAUCUAUUUGAAAGAAAUUGUGACUUUUAAUAUCCAAAUAGUACUUUGUCUUUGUUUUAUUUAUUCGGCGAGUUCUGGACAAGAAUUAAAAAAGCAUGCAAUGACAGUGAUUACUGUAACAAUCAUCGAAUGACAGGUGACAAGUGAGGGUCAAAAAUGGUCACAUCUGAGCUAUAAAUCAGCAUCCCAAGGGUUGAUUUCUGGCUAGGUAUACGCAAGCUACAGAAACAUGUUUGUUGUAGAUCUGUGCAUCCAUGAAGAGACUGCUGUCUGUUGUUUACAGGCACUUUGCACUAGGAGUACUUUGUGGGUGUGGGAACUGGUGGUUUGCACAGAAUAGGGAGGGCGGGUAUCAUUUUGUACAAAGACAGGUAGUUUUUGGUUUAUGUUCAGGAAUUAAUGAUGCCUCCCUAAGUGUGUGACAGCUUCACAUGUUGUCCUUUACCAGUCAUUGAAAUGAUGCUGAGUAGCAGGGCAUGGUGUGUUUGUGUGUUAUUGUGUGGUAGAACACAAGUCACUGCUGUGGAGAUUAUGGGUAAUCAUCUAUUUUUUAAGUCAGUUGCUUCUCAGGUUGAAAAACACUGCAGACCAUUGGUUUGGUACCACCCCAUAGUUUUUGCCUAGCAUCUAAUCAAAGCUUUAUUGUACAAUUUCUGUCCAUGUCAAGAUUUUAUGUAUCAAAUAGACCUAUGCACCCAUAGUCCUUCUCAAUACUCUGCCUAUCAUGUGCAUUCUAAGGUUCUCAAGUAAAAGAGAAUCAUGUAGUAAGUUUAUUAGACAAAAACAUCAAACUGCAGGGUUACCAUCUUCUUUCCCUGAGUUUACAGCUUGAGCUGGCUACAUUCCAGCCUCUGGGCCACAGAAUAUCCAGAGUAGAGAAAGUAGUUUGUGUCAGAGAGACUAUUUGUUGAUUUUGUAAUUUUUUCUUUUAUGCCACCAAUUAAUCAAGGAUGCAUUCCGAAACUACAAAAUUCCGACUUUUUUGACAAACAAUGGCAGGAGAGUAAUAAUAUUUAGAAUUGAGGGAAGGAAAGAAAUGUGUUUCUUUCCUUUUGACUUCCUUCUGUCGUGAGUUUAGAAAGUAGGCAGCAAGGUGGGCUUCUCAAACCCAUCAUGUUGUUUGCAGUUUGGCAAUUGUAAAAAGAAAAAAAAAGCACUUUCAUGUGCUUUCUCCAUUGGUUUUUACUGUUAAUGUUUUCAUUGCUGUUUUCUUCUCUUUUGUUAAUAUGUUUAGGUUUUUUUAUAUCUUGUUGUGGAUAUGAUGAUUUAUUUAAAUGCAAAAAAAAAAAAACUACAUGGAAAGUAAAACUUGAACGUGCUAAUAUUUGGGUUGAAGUCCUCUUGAACUGCCGCCCCACUAAACAACAUGCAUUUUGUAGACAGACACAACAAAGCAAGGAACAACAGCAGCAGUACGUCAAACAGGACAUGCUUUCUAAUGCAAAAUUCUUAAUGGGAAAGACAAGACUGUAAAUAUGUUUAAAGGACUUUGCAGAAUUCACAUUUACACCUCAAAAAGCUGCAGUUAAGAAUGGUACUGUGGUGGCCUUGGUUCCCUCAAACCCAUCCAGGGUCUAGUUGCACAUAAUCAUCUUUAACAGUGUCAAUCUUCCAUGCACAUAUGAGGUCACAUAUGACCUCUCUUUAUUUUCCUACUCUAAUGCUAGUUUGUACAAGCACACUAUAGUAGAUUUCAAUCACUUGUUAAAACAAAUUUCAGUGGUUAGAGGGACAAAUAAACUAUCCUUAGAAAUGUAUACAAUAUUUUUGUCAGAUCCAUACAGAGAUUAUAUAGUGUAUAUAAUUAUAUGAAAAUCAGACAGGCAAGAAAAACAUAACCAGUAAUUCAGCAAUAGAAUCAUGGUGUACACCCUGAUCUAAGCAUUAGGGCACAUUUUAACAGUUCACUUAGGCAAACUUUGGGGCGGCAGAAUAUUUCCCAGUAUCUCAGGCUUGGACGGUAGUGAUCCUGUCCUUUUCUGCUUAAAUUAAGUCCUAUUCCUUUAAAUUGUCACUGUCUGUUGAAGCUAUGGAGGGAUGAGCGAGUUUGGGAGAAUUUGCACUUUUGCCGAUGAAAAGAAUUUGUAUUGUAUAUGAGACCACUAAAUGUGCAUCGUCUAAAUCAUGUAAUUCCAUUUUUUCCAGUUUUUGGUUCCAUUUUAUUCUGUUGGGCUUAAUUUUUGUUUUGUUUGUUCAUUUUUAUGAAAUAUAUCCAAAAAUGUCUGGUGUCCUGGUUUAAGAAAUAAGAUCUUUCUAUUAAAAAAAAGAAA